ACACACCACCGUUUAUUAGUGUCGGUAGACACAGAGAGAUUGACUUUUGGAGAGUCUGCUUGUGCUUGCUCUGGUCGCUCCAAUAAGUGCUUAUUCUCUGCGCUUCUUGCACUGAUCUAAUUGAGUUUCAGAAAGACUGCUUGCUCUGCCUCUGGUAGCCCCAACAAGAGCCUAGAUCUUGAGAUUUCAAAAGGAAAAAACCAAGAAAAUCAGCUCGUUUCAUGGUGUUCUCUUAGUUCCCAACGGAUGAUCCAUUCCAAAGAAUCCUGUUUUCAAUCGAAUCAGUAGGAAAGGGAGGGGCAAAUGGCGAGUUGUAAUGAAAUUCAUCAGCUGCUUCCUGAGGAUGUGAUUAUUGAGAUCCUCUCAUGGCUGCCUGUGAAAUCUGUGAUUCGGGCCAGAGCCGUAUGCAAAAAUUGGAACACUAUUACCAAAAACCCUAGUUUUGUUACUAAGCACUUCAAGCAUCACACCAACAACAGUGGCCAUCUUUUUGUUAUGCGUUUUGACGAAAUUUCCAGCAGAUUUGUUUUGUCAUUGUUCCCUGAUGAAACACUCGCCGGUUCUCCCCAAGUGUAUGAGGAUGUGGUGGUGGAUAUGAUCUACCAUGUACAGUUUGCUGCCAGUCCCUAUAACGGCAUACUGUGUCUGACCAAUCGUUCCCAACGCCUUGCUCUAUGGAAUCCGGCAACUAGAGAAUUUAGGUCCCUCCCGAAACUCCCUCCUCGUGACCUUCCACCCUAUGUGCAGGUGGGGUACCAAAACACUUUUGGAUUUGGUUUGGAUCCCAUUACUAAUGAUUACAAGGUGGUUUGUAUUUGGUACGAUGUGCAUUAUGUUGAUGCAGCAACGUAUGAACCUGAAGAAACAGGGUAUGGUCCUUGGCAGGUUGCCGUGUAUACCCUAUCUACUGAUUCGUGGAGAUAUCUUGAUGUUGCUUUGCCAUAUACUUUGAUUGAAGGCCCUGUCUCUAACACGUGCAUUAAUGGAGUUUAUCACUGGUUUGCAAUAGACAAUGACGAUCAUCGUUUGAUCCUUUCAUUUGACCUGGGCAAUGAGUUGUUUAGCGAGAUACGUGAUACUCCUACUCCAAGGGAUCAUCGUUCGAUCCUUUUAUUUGACCUGGGCCAUGAUUUGUUUAGCGAGAUUCGUGAUACUUCUACUCCUAGUGCAAAACAUGGAUACUAUGCAAUUCUUGCACCCUACAAUAACUCUCUUGCUCUUAUUUAUCAUGAUUCCGAUCAAGUUGUUGACGUAUGGGUGAUGAUGGAGGAGGGGGGUUGGACAAAUCAAUUCACUGUUCAACUCUCGGAACAAAUAAGGCCGCUUGGAUUUUGGAAGAACAGUCAGCUUUUUAUGGAAACUGAUGAUCGUGUUCAUGUAUUUUUAUAUGAUCUAGAGACUCAAGAAAUUAAAGAUCUUGAAUCCCCAAUUUGGGAAUACUACUUGGUCUACAAGGAGAGUCUAGUAGCAAUUAGCCGAGGAGAUGGAUUCCUAGAAGAGGAUCAGUUGUCUGAUGUAGAUCGAGUUCAAAAGUUUUCUAUAGGCUGGUUUGAGUGAAUGGAAUCAAAUGAAGUAGGAAUGAAAUGCUUUUGUUUCAAUUCCUUCCAGCUGAUGAGGAUUUUGAAAUUUCUGGUUUACAUCUCAUCUCAUUUUCGUAUGAUUCAUGCGCGUGUUUUGGUGAAAUGGGGUAAUCUAGAUGCAGAACUAAAAGGUAAUGGCAUGAUAUCUUAUCAAUUUAUGUUACUUAGGUACCAUAUUAGGAUAUAAUUCUUUCCAUGCGAUCCUCAUCUACCAGGCAAUGGGAGAUUUAUCCAAGGCUAAAACCUUCAGUGGGGGCAUUUUGACGAGCAUGUGACAGGAUGGAAGCAAUGACAUUGUUAGUAUAAUAAUUAUGUUUAUACCCACAUUGAUUUGAAGCCCAAUUAAAGAACAUGUGACCUAUUUCCCAACUCAGCUUCAACAAUUUGUUUGUGAGUUUUGAUCCAUAGUCCCUCAGUUCUUGGGUGUCUGCGCUAAAGGGUCUUAUAUCGGUGAAGAUGGAAAUGAGACCAUCAGCGAUCUUAGAAUCAUCUGAAGAAGAAGAAGAAGAUCGAUGAGUCGAUGAAAUGGUGAGUUGGGUGUGUGGAAGCAAAGAGCAGAGCUGAAUCUGAUUACAGACAGGGUUUCACUGAUUUCAAUAGAAAAUGCAUUUUGCUGAUUCUAGGUAAUGCCAUGUUACAAGAGGAUUCUCAGCUCGCCCUGUACUAUUAUUGGAAGGAAGUUGAAAAUAUGUAUCAUGUGUUUUUAUUUUUUUCUUUUAAAAUAUGUAUAAUGUCAACUAAUAUAGUUGUUGUAUUUAUGUAUAUAUAUAUUUGUGGGAAGGUAUGUAAUGUACUUUUUCUUUAUAUAUGUAAUAUCAUAUUUUUUUAAA